AGGAAAGAGCAGAAGAGCGCAACGAGAGAAAAAAAGAAAGAAACAGAGAAUAAAAUAAACGCAGGGAGUAAGACGUGGUGGGGGGGGGGGUUGGGAUCCCGAGGGAUACGAAACCCAAAGAGUAGUAAAGGAUAAUUUCGUAUUUUUAAAAGAUAAGAUCGUAAUGGAAUUUCCAUCAAACUCUACUGAGCUAACCGACAAUUUAAAUUACACUGUCAGCACCUUCAACACUUCCUAUACGAAUUACAAUCAACUUAAUUUACCCUAUACCGUUUGUGAAAUACUCGUUGCUAUAUGUGCCGUAUUUGGAAACGGUCUGGUCAUCAUAGUCUUCGGUAAGGAAAAGAAAUUACGAAGACGUACGAAUUACUACAUCAUCUCUUUGGCAACGGCCGAUCUUCUCGUUGGUCUAUUUGCGAUACCCUUCGCCAUACUCGCCAGUAUAGGUCUACCAACAAAUUUACACGCCUGUCUCUUCACAGUCUCAGUGCUUGUUGUACUCUGCACGAUCAGCAUCUUUUGCCUCGUGGCGGUAUCCGUAGAUCGUUAUUGGGCUAUUCUUCAUCCCAUGGGAUAUUCUCGUACUGUUCGCACGAAAACUGCCAUAGGUAUAAUCUGCGUAUGUUGGAUCACCGGUACAUUGGUAGGCUUCUUACCACUUUUUGGAUGGAACGCUGGAAAAAAGUCCGACGAAAAGUGUAUAUUCACUCAGGUGAUGGACUACGAUUAUCUGGUCUUCCUCUAUUUCGCUACCAUCAUAUUCCCAGCGUUAUUAAUUGUCGCAUUUUAUGCCCUUAUAUACAGGGUAGUUGUAAAGCAGGAAAAAAGUCCCUUUUUGGAUUCGGGGGUUAAGAUGGAACGACGAACUUCGAAAGAUGCUAAGUACCGAUCCCGUUUGCUCGAUGGGAAAACACGAUCGACGGGAUGCUUUCAGUUGCAGCAGAUAGUCACGAUGAAUCCAGGACGUCGUACUGGUAGCAUUUCUGGUCUUGCUGGUGGUACUACCUCGGCUACUGGUGUUACUGGUUCUGGUCUUGCUGGUGGCAUUGGUGGUGGUAGUGGUAACCAUCACACAACCGGGACGAUGCAACGUUUCAAGCGCGAUGUCAAGGCCACACAAAAUCUAUCCCACAUAGUAAUAUUCUUCAUCAUCUGUUGGUUCCCUCUUUACACGAUAAACUGCGUGAUGGCUUUCUGUCCGCGUUGCCAAGUCAACGAGUUCUUCAUGAAUCUCUGUAUCAUUUUGUCUCAUUUAAAUUCAGUCGGAAAUCCUCUUCUUUAUGCCUAUCAUCUUAAAGACUUCCGUGAGGCACUGAAGAAUUAUUGGCGUUUAUUAUUUUCGAAUGGCGAAGUUAAGGGUAACGUUAUUAACGUCAUUCACGAAAGAGGAUCCCUAGCUGGUUCGCAAAGACAAUUUCAUAGACAAUCCUUCGUUGGUACUUUGCCGAUUAGAAGCCAAAGGUCCAGUCUUUUGAGACAGGUGACGGAUUUUCAAGCUAAAGAAAUGUCUUCGUUGAGUCGAGCAUCUUCCAUUCGUGACAAAGAGGAACGUAAGGAGCCAAUGAUUUCAUCGAGUUCUUCACCGAGCGAAGAUAUACGACGUAGCAGCUGCGAAUAUCCUUUAAAGGAUGAUAGUCCUUCCUCAACGUGCGAAAGAAGUUCCUUGGAACGUUUCGAAUCUGGUGAUACUCCAUCAAAGGAGGAUUCGCAAAUGGAAUUACAAAUUUAUAAAGCUCUCGCAGCCGUUCCAACAUCGUCGGAAGUAGAUCGUUCCGAUCGUUUCGAGGAACUCCCACCCACCUCGAUUUUCAUAAUAGAGGCGGAUGUGAAUCGAACUGUGUCGAAUCGAGAUGAAUGUGAGGUGAAUUCGAACGAGAGGCAGGACGAGGGAGGAUAAUCCCUUUCGAGAGAAUAAUUUAUGGUUUCAACGAUGUACAUACGAUAAUGCAUUGCAUGCAUACGAAUGCAAUUCGUUGAUUGACUCUGAUCUGAUUGGUCGAUGAUCUAUGUCAAGCUCGAAUGCGCAAUAUUUGAAUGUUCGAUGUUGGUACUACGUGUGCCCAAAGAAUUCUUCAUUGUAUAUAAUAUAUAUUCAAUAUAAUGUUUUAUCUUGAGGUACGAUUAAAAUCGUUAAGACUGUUUGUACAAAAUCAACAUCGACUGACCAUACUGAGAUUACGUUUUACGCUUCUUUCAAGUUAUACAUUUCGAACGCAAUGAAGAUCGGUAUCUAGAUCGUAUCAUUCAUCACAAAAAAUAUAUAUAUGACAUGACUAUGUAUAUAUUAAAACAGAAAACAAAUUAUUCUUCUAUGAAUAUCGACAAAUUACUUAUGAUAAGUUACUAAAACAUAUCCAUGACGAAAUUAAAGAUCUCAUUGAAUGUCCCGAAUUGUUUUCUCGUAAAAUCAAUGUAAUAAUGUAAUAAUUCAUAUCUUUUACGAGCUAAAUCAUAUACACAAUAGUUGUAUAAAUACUUGAAUGAUGUUGUGUCUAAUCGAGGUAUGUGUAUUUUAACACACAAAAUGUCGAAUUAAAUUAAUAAUAUAUAUUCGUCAUUUAGAAGGAA